ACCUCCCUGCGCUUCGGAACAUGGCGGCGGCGACGGCGAUAACGGCGGCGAGGGACUGAAGCAGCCCGGCGCUCGGCCGCAGGAAGUGGGUGUGGCUUCCUCUCCUAAGACUGGCCAUUUGCAAUGUUGCUGAAGGCUGCAUAUCUGUCCUCUUCAGAUUAGUAAACCUAAGCCAGUUGCAGAGGGAGGCCCUGCAUCAGGCAAUAUAAUGCGGAAGCCAAGCCCUCAGAAAGCAAUAGAUUGGAAAGAUGGCAAAAAGCACAAGUAUGGACGACUAUCUGAACCCACUUCUCAGUAUCAAGGUCAUUUUGCCUGGGAUAAAUACUUGAAAGAGACAUGUUCCAUCCCAGCUCCUGCCCAUUGCUUCAAGCAGUCUUAUGCCCCACCCAGCAAUGAAUUCAAGAUCAGCAUGAAGUUAGAAGCCCAAGACCCCAGAAACACCACGUCAACUUGUAUUGCCACUGUGGUGGGGCUGACAGGUGCCCGUCUCCGAUUACGUCUCGAUGGCAGUGACAACAAGAACGACUUCUGGCGUCUGGUAGAUUCUGCAGAAAUCCAGCCCAUUGGCAACUGUGAAAAAAAUGGAGGGAUGCUCCAGCCUCCUUUAGGUUUUCGUCUGAAUGCUUCCUCUUGGCCUAUGUUUCUUCUGAAGACGCUGAACGGAGCGGAAAUGGCUCCCAUUCGGAUUUUCCAUAAGGAGCCACCAUCUCCAUCCCAGAAUUUCUUUAAGAUGGGGAUGAAACUUGAGGCUGUAGACAGGAAGAACCCACACUUCAUCUGCCCAGCCACUAUUGGUGAGGUACGGGGUUCUGAAGUCCUUAUCACUUUUGAUGGCUGGAGGGGAGCCUUUGAUUACUGGUGCCGCUAUGAUUCUCGUGACAUCUUCCCCGUUGGCUGGUGCUCACUGACUGGUGACAAUUUACAGCCCCCUGGAACAAAAGUUGUCAUUCCAAAGACCCCGUUCCCUGCCCCUGACGUGAUCUCCGAAAAAAGCACCAUGCACAACACCCCAAGGAAUAUCCUGGAACAUCUGCCUGGACAAAGAGGCCGCAAACCUGGUCGUAAAAGAGGCCGGACACCCAAGGUGCUGACCAGCCACCCCAACCCCAACCCUUCCAAGGCAGCGGAGCCUUUAAAAUUCCCAAAAAAGAGGGGGCCAAAGCCUGGUGGGAAGAGAAAGCAACGAAUGUUACUAAAUCCGGCACCCACUUCCCCAACAACUAGCACUCCUGAGCCUGACACAAGUACGGUACCCCAAGAUGCAGCUACUAUUCCCAGUUCCGCUAUGCAGGCCCCUACAGUUUGCAUCUACUUGAAUAAAAACGGCAGCCCCGGGCCUCAUCUGGACAAAAAGAAAAUCCAGCAAUUGCCUGACCAUUUCGGUCCAGCUCGAGCGUCCGUAGUCCUACAGCAAGCAGUCCAAGCUUGCAUUGACUGUGCUUACCACCAGAAGACUGUCUUCUCAUUCCUUAAGCAUGGCCACGGAGGAGAGGUUAUUUCAGCUGUGUUUGAUCAUGAGCAGCACACUCUAAACUUACCAGCAGUGAAUAGCAUUACUUACGUCCUCCGUUUCCUUGAGAAACUUUGCCACAACCUGCGUGGUGACAACCUCUUUGGGAACCAGCCCUUCACUCAGCACCACAUGCAUCAUUCCAGGGAAUACGACCAUGAGAAAUACCUACCCGACAGGAGCAUUUCGUUAGACGGCUCUCUGCAGGGACCGGGCCGGGGUACAAAGAGGUAUUCCCAAGAGUUCCUUCCAUACAGUGCUCCUCUGUCCCCCAAGUUACCAAAGAAUGACCGUCACCCUUUGGAAGGUGAAACCUUUGUCUUGAAGGACAGUCUCCCUGGUCCUCUGGAGCCUCGCUUGGACCCGAUCGACUCAGCCUUGAAUGCCGUUAGCGUUUCCAGUCCCAUUCGGAACUCCAGGGACUUCCGACUUCAGGGAUACCGACACCUUCAUCAGCCCUCCAGCCUCACUCAGUGCAGUACCCCUGCUGGGCAUAGGCUGAGUGCUGGGGGCUCUGACAGAUACCUGAGUUCUCGAGACACUUCACGGUUGGGUACCCGGGAUCCCUCUGCCUGGACAGUAGAAGAUGUCAUGCAGUUUGUAAGAGACGCUGACCCCCAGCUGGGACCCCAUGCAGAUCUCUUCCGAAAGCACGAGAUUGACGGCAAGGCCUUACUCUUGUUGCGUAGUGACAUGAUGAUGAAGUACAUGGGCUUGAAGCUGGGGCCAGCGCUGAAACUCACCUACCACAUUGAUAAGUUGAAACAGGGCAAGUUCUGAAGAAAAGAAAAAAAGAGAGACUCUUCCUGGCACAAUCAUGGCCCUCUCAGCUCUCCACGAAAGGCGCGUAAAACACGUGUCUCCCUUCUGCAGCCACCACGUCCACGGAAUCCCUAGGACACCUUUCUUAACCAGCGGGAGAAAGGUGACUUCCUGCAGGAGGAAGGUCCUAGGCACCUCCAAUCCUCGUAUGAAGCUUCCGAUGGAUUCUCGCAAAGGGAGAGGUUUCCUCAGCUCUCCGCUGGUGGCCUCUGGGACCGUGUCUGACAGGGGCGAGGACGCCUCGGGUGGGUGGAGCUGUGGCAGGGCCACCCCUCGCAUUCGACUCGGCUGUAUGGCCCAUCUCUUGUAAUCACACCCCUCUUCUUUUGCUGCUCUCUUUGAGAAGCCUCUUUGUGCCACAGGAGGAGGAGGAGGAGGACGUCAAGAGGCCCCUUUUCUGUGCCAUACAGAAGAGACUGAUUAGGAGCCACCUGAGGAGGACAAGGGGCUGCUGCUCUCCAGACGAUGCAGUCCCUUGGAUGCAGGGAUGGGGUGGGCAGGAGCCCCGUCCAGCAACUCUACUCCCUGCCUGCAGAUCACUCUUCUUACUUCUCACUUGGUGCUGUUAAUCUCUUCCUGUAUUGAGGACUCUGGCUUUGUUUCACACACACAACACACACCCUGCUGGCUGAUGGGCAGUCAAUUCUUUAUAUUUAUUUUGACACAAGCAGCGGCGGCUCUGCGUUUGUGCUGUUUACCAUUCCAGCACUACAAGUGAGCCAGGGAGAUGGGAGGCAUGUGGUCCUACAUUGAAGUCGCCCAGGGCAUAACAACUAAGCAACCCUCACCCCCCCGUUUCUCCCCUCACUCUUCCCCUCCAUCUUGAAAUUUUGCUCUUGGGAUGGCAACCAUUUUAACUUUUCCCCUGGGGAAUUCCACGUCUCCUCUUUCUACCAUGGUACCAUUAGAUAUACCUCCCACUUCACCCUGGCGGGUGCUUCCUGGAUCGCUACCUGGUAGGCACGUGGGAUAGCAGAGAGAUGCAGAAAUGGGCCUCCUUUUUUUUCACGUGGCUCCACCAAUUCCAGUAGGGAAACCUGAAUCAUUGUAUGUGUACGCUGGAAAAUAAUGUAUUUAUUUUUAUGGCACUUGAGUGGGUGGCCCCAAUGUCCUGUAGUUAAGAGAGGUUUUACUGCUGGCUGGUGAGAAUAGUGGAGGAGGAGGUCGUAACCUGGUGCUCCACAAUUCUGCUUUUUCUCCAGACCCUCCCCUUGAAGUGGGCUUUGUGUCUGGAAAGCAAGUAUGUGAUGCUCUUUUUUUUUUAAAUUCCUCCAGAAUAACCAUAGCAGCUUGUCCUUUGGGGUGCAAACAAAUGAAUGCUGAGACUCAGUUGCCCAUGGCUGUUCGCCUGCUCUGAUUCCUGAACUGGGAAAAAUGGGCUAGGCAAAGGUACAAGCCUUUCAUAGCAUUUCUUUCUGCCAAGUUACACACUCCGCCGCUUCUUCCCAGGGUCGCUUCUUUCUCUCCCAGACACUUCCGGAAGAGGAGCUCCGCAGGCCAGGCCAGAAGGCAAGGCAAGAGGGCCUCUAAAGCAAAGAAUGAAAAUUCACAGGCAAUAAAUAAAUUCCAGGAAGGAGGAUCCAGCAAUGACUGCAACUAGUACUGGAAUGGAGUGACUCGGCCACCAUCUUGGUUGUCCAGUUUAACCCCCUGGGGCAGGCCAGCGACCUGUUUCUGCUAUUACUGCCUGGUUGCAGAAUACCGUUUCUGUAAGCACUGCCUACGGCAGGUAGCAAGGAGAAUCCUGCCAGUGUUCUAUUCUGCACUUACUCUGAUGAUUUUGUUUAUAAAUAAAAUU